AUGCCACUCACCUCGCACAGCCGUUCACUGUUGGAUAGCUGUUCAGUACCCCGAAUAUCGAUUGAAUUUGCCAAUCCCCAGGGACGCUAUACCACAGGGGAACGAAUCGAGGGAACAGUGACAAUUACUGUGGAUGCUGAAACCAGGUUCAGCGAUGUCAAUAUCAGCCUAGAAGGUUCAUCGCGAGUAAACUUGUUGCAACCCAUAACCAUUCAGCGGAAAACAGGUGCUUCUCAUACAUUUUUAACGCUCCGCCGACCUGUUGCCGAAGCAAAGUGCCCGGCUUCUCGUGUUUUCAGACCAGGAGAAACUUAUCAGUUCCCGUACACAUUCGUCGUUCCCGACCGGUUACCUCUGCAAUCAUGCAGCCAUAGCACAACUCACACGGGUAUCAAACAGGCACAUACGGAAGCUCCGCCCACGCUGCAUUUAAAGACCUUGUCGCAAAGCCUGUGCAAGAUCUCCUAUCUCAUCCGUGUUACCGUGUGUCGUCAGAAUUCAAACAAUAAUGAAAAGCCGGGGACACUCGCCAGUUGUACGAAGCCCUUGCACCUUCUCCCUGCGCAUGGGGAAGGGGAUUUUUUCAGCAGGCCUGAGAAGCCCGACGUGUAUACGUCCAGUGCUGUGCAGGAAGUUAGAGGUCAAUGGAAAAGACAGGCGCUCGGUCGACUGGAAGCCGUGGCAUCUACACAGCAGCCAAUCAAGGUUUCUUCACGAUGUCCCCCAAUCGACACAGUGACUACCCAUGUUGCGGUACAUCUUCGUUUCGAUCCCGUCAGAGACACACUGCCGCCCAGACUUGCGAAAAUACACCCUACCCUGAAACAGUCGACUCUGUUCAGUACAGAACUGCAGGAAGAUUUUCCAAGUAUCAAUAAAAUACUCUCUGACCAAAUGUCUCGAGGGGCCCACGUUCAACUCACCUCCCUUCCCUCACAGGCCAUCUCAUCUAUCCGAUGGACGAAGCAUACGUUGCCGCAUCCUUCUAGGUCUUCCAGCUUUGAGCAGCCUUCUCGCUCCAGCUUCAUAGGAGACUCUGAACCCUCUCACACCUCCACCACUGGAUGUUUUUACACAGCAUCGGUCAUGGUUCCAAUCACCCUACCGAGCAACAUUGACCUUGUCCCGACAUUUCACUCAUGCCUUCUCUCUCGUAUAUACGCUCUUGAGCUUCGUCUUUCUUAUCGUAUGCCUGAUGCACCUAUCCUACGACGGGCGGUUGCGCUAGAGGUACCUGUAAAGGUUGUCGGUGUACGUAUGUUGGAUGGGAACAGCGAUACCCUCCCGAACUACAGCUCGAUUACAGAAGAGAAGCCGUCACGCAUUGUUUCUCCGCCUAUGUCAUACUCUCUCGAAUGCAAAGCAUGGAGUAUGGAAGAUCCCAAGAGUGCUCCACAACAUUUAAGUUGGCUACCAUCUUCUGAGUGGCAAGAGGCAUGCCCACCCCCGAAAUACGACGAUGUUGUUGCACAAUCAGCGAAGUGGCUAUAA